AUGAAGAUCACCACCGUUGCUACCCUGCUCGUGGCUACGGCCAUGGCCAUACCGUCGCCGCACCAAAACAACUAUCAGGAGCCUGAUGGCCGCGACAAGUGCCACGACGGCAAGGGCUACUGCCAUCCCAAGCACCUCGGUGGCAAGCACCUCCCGCACCACCACAAGGGCCACGGAGGUGACCGUCGCCCGCUGAUCGAUCUCGAGAUCGGUGGCCACAAGGGCCGCCACUACGGCGGACGUCCCUCGUCCCCUCGCCGGGGCGGCCGCCACCCGCUGCUCGAUCUCGAGAUCGGCAACUUCCCCCACCGCGGUGGCCGAGGCUACAGCCCGUUCCGCGGUGGCAGCAGGGGCUACAGCCCUCGCCGCGGCAACCGUGGCUACAGCCCACGCCGUGGAAACAGCCGUAGCCACUCCCGCGGCCGCGACCACAGCCCUCGCCGUGGCAACCGUGGCUACAGCCCCCGUCCCGGCGGUCGUGGCUACAGCCCUCGCCGAGGCUACAGCCCUCGCCCCGGCGGCCACGGCCCCGGCCCUCGUCCCGGCGGUCGUGACUACAGCCCUCGCCGCGGUCGCGACUACAGCCCUCGCCGAGGCCGUGACAACAGCCCCCGCCGUGGCCGUGACAACAGCCCUCGCCGCGGGCGUGACUACAGCCCUCGCCGCGGUAACAACGACCACCGCCCGCACCGCGGCUACAGCCCCCGUCGCGGCGACAAUGAUCACCGCCCGCACCGUGGCUACAGCCCUCGUCGCGGCGACAACGAUCACCGCCCGAACCGUGGCUACAGCCCUCGUCGUGGCGACAACGAUCACCGCCCGAACCGUGGCUACAGCCCCCGUCGCGGCGACAAUGAUCACCGCCCGCACCGUGGCUACAGCCCCCGCCGCGGCGACAACGAUCACCGUCCGCACCGUGGCUACAGCCCUCGCCGUGGCGACAACAAUCACUCCCCCAUCCGUGGUCCCAUUCGUCUUCCUCCUCUGAACGGAGGAAAGUUCAUCCCCCACCGUGGUGGCAACGACUACAAGCCUCACCGUGGCGACAAUGACCACCCUCACCGUGAUGGGAACCGCUCUCCCCACCGUGGUGACAACGAUUACAAGCCCCCUCGUCAUCGUGACGACUCUCCUCACCGUGGCGGUGACCGAUCUCCCCACCGUGGUGACAAUGAUUACAAGCCUCCUCACCGAGGCGACAACUCUCCUCACGGCGGCAACCACGACGGUCCUAACCGCGGCGGCAACGACUACACUCCUCCCCCGACUCCUCACCGUGAUAACGAUGGUCCCCGCCGUGGAAACGAUGGUCCUAACCGUGGUAAUGAUGGUCCUCGCCGCGGCGGCAACGAUGGUCCCCAUCGCGACAACGAUGGCCCUCGCCGAGGUGGCAGCGAUGGUCCCAACCGUGGCAACGAUGGUCCUAACCGUGGCAAUGACGGCCCCCGCGGUGGAAAUGACGGUCCUCGCCGCGGUGGAAACGAUGGCCCUAACCGUGGUAACGACGGCCCCCGUGGUGGAAACGACGGUCCUAACCGUGGCAACGACGGCCCCCGUGGUGGAAACGACGGUCCUAACCGUGGCAACGACGGCCCCCGUGGUGGAAACGACGGUCCUCGACGUGGCGGAAACUCUCCUGCUCCAUCGCCCAACUCGCCUGCCCCUGCUCCUGCCCCUGCGCCUGCACCUGCUCCCGCACCUGGUGCUCCCGCCCCAGGCUCUCCUCCGCCUCCCGCCUCCCCUCGUGGUGGAAACCCUCCCCCUGCCCGAGGUGGUAACCCCCCUCCUGGUCGUGGUGGUGACUAA